CGGAAGCCGCCAUAGGUCAACUUCAAUCGGCGUGCUCAUUUGAACGAGGAGAACCGCUACGAAGCAUCGGGUGGAGAGCGGCCCAGCAACGACAACUCAACCUUCAACUCAACAUUGAUGGAGUGGCAGCCAGAUGAGCAGGGACUUCAGCAGGUCCUCCAACUGCUCAAAGACUCCCAGUCGCCCAACACAGUCACGCAGAGAGCAGUCCAACAAAAACUUGAACAACUCAACCAAUUCCCCGACUUCAACAACUAUCUCAUCUUUGUUCUCACACGACUCAAAACUGAAGACGAGCCGACUCGCUCUCUGAGUGGUCUGAUACUGAAGAACAAUGUUAAGGCCCACUACCAGAACUUCCCCCCAACUGUGGCGGAAUUCAUCAAGCAGGAAUGUCUCAACAACAUCGGGGACCCCUCGCCGCUCAUUCGUGCCACCAUUGGCAUCCUGAUCACUACUAUCUCCUCCAAGGGAGAGCUACAAACAUGGCCUGAGCUGCUGCCUCAGCUCUGCAACCUGCUCAACUCUGAGGACUACAACACCUGCGAGGGCUCGUUUGGAGCACUGCAGAAGAUCUGCGAGGAUUCGUCGGAGCUGCUGGACAGCGACGCUCUGAACAGACCCCUCAACAUUAUGAUACCAAAAUUCCUCCAGUUCUUCAAGCACUGCAGCCCCAAGAUUAGGUCCCAUGCCAUCGCCUGUGUGAACCAGUUCAUCAUUGGCAGAGCCCAGGCCCUAAUGGACAACAUUGACACCUUCAUAGAGAGCUUGUUUGCGCUGGCCGCGGAUGAGGACUCUGAGGUUCGAAAGAACGUGUGCCGAGCCCUGGUCAUGUUACUGGAGGUCCGCAUAGACCGCCUCAUCCCCCACAUGCACAGCAUCAUCCAGUACAUGCUGCAGAGAACCCAGGACCCCGAUGAGAACGUGGCCCUGGAGGCCUGCGAGUUUUGGCUGACUUUAGCAGAGCAGCCCAUCUGUAAGGAGAUGCUGUCUGGACACCUGGUGCAACUCACUCCUAUCUUGGUCAAUGGGAUGAAGUAUUCAGAAAUAGACAUCAUACUAUUAAAGGGUGACGUAGAAGAGGACGAGGCCGUACCAGAUAGCGAUCAGGACAUCAAGCCCCGCUUCCACAAGUCGCGCACCGUCACCCUGCAGCACGAAGGAGGCGAGGAUGAGGAGGGCGAGGACAAUGAUGAUGACGAUGACGAUGAUGACGACACACUGUCAGACUGGAACCUUCGGAAGUGUUCAGCUGCAGCUCUCGACGUGCUGGCCAACGUGUUCCGCGACGACCUGCUGCCCCACCUCCUGCCGCUCUUGAAAGGCCUGCUCUUCCACCCGGACUGGGUCAUCAAGGAGUCUGGCAUCCUGGUCCUGGGGGCCAUAGCUGAGGGCUGCAUGCAGGGCAUGGUGCCCUACCUCCCAGAACUGAUCCCCCACCUCAUCCAGUGUCUAUGCGACAAAAAGGCCCUGGUGCGCUCCAUUGCCUGCUGGACCCUGAGUCGCUACGCCCACUGGGUGGUCUCCCAGCCCCCUGACUCCUACCUCAAACCCCUUAUGACGGAGCUUCUUAAACGCAUCCUGGACGGCAACAAGAGGGUGCAAGAGGCUGCUUGCAGUGCGUUUGCCACCUUGGAGGAGGAGGCGUGCACAGAGCUGGUGCCCUACCUGAGCUUCAUCCUGGACACACUGGUGUUCGCCUUCGGGAAGUACCAGCACAAGAAUCUCCUCAUUCUCUACGAUGCCAUAGGAACUCUGGCAGACUCAGUGGGCCACCACCUUAAUCAGCCCGAGUACAUUCAGAAGUUGAUGCCCCCUCUUAUUGCCAAGUGGAACGAGCUGAAAGACGAGGACAAAGAUCUCUUCCCUUUACUGGAGUGUUUGUCAUCGGUAGCUACGGCCCUGCAGAGUGGCUUUCUGCCUUACUGUGAGCCUGUCUAUCAGCGCUGUGUCACACUAGUCCAGAAGACGCUCGCUCAGGCAAUGAUGUACAACCAGCACCCAGACCAGUAUGAGGCUCCUGACAAGGAUUUUAUGAUCGUUGCCUUGGACCUGCUGAGCGGAUUGGCCGAGGGUCUGGGGGAACAUGUGGACCAGCUCGUGGCCCGCUCGAACAUCAUGACCCUGCUUUUCCAAUGCAUGCAGGACACUAUGCCUGAGGUGAGGCAAAGCUCCUUCGCUCUGCUGGGUGAUCUGACCAAGGCGUGCUUCCUCCAUGUGAAGCCCUGCAUCGCUGAGUUCAUGCCCAUCCUGGGGCUCAACCUGAACCCAGAGUUUAUCUCUGUGUGCAACAACGCCACCUGGGCCAUCGGAGAGAUCGCCAUGCAAAUGGGUGCAGAGAUGCAGCCGUAUGUGGGCAUGGUUCUGCCAAACCUGGUGGAGAUCAUCAAUCGACCCAACACACCGAAGACUUUGCUGGAAAACACAGCCAUCACGAUUGGCAGACUGGGUUACGUCUGCCCCCAAGAAGUUGCCCCACAGCUGCAGCAAUUCAUCAGACCAUGGUGCACAUCACUGAGGAAUAUUCGAGAUAACGAGGAGAAGGACUCGGCCUUCAGGGGAAUCUGUGUGAUGAUCGGCGUCAACCCUGCAGGAGUUGUGCAGGACUUCAUUUUCUUCUGUGACGCUGUGGCCUCGUGGGUCAACCCCAAGGACGACCUGAGAGACAUGUUUUAUAAGAUCUUGCAUGGCUUCAAGGACCAGGUUGGAGAAGAGAACUGGCAGCAGUUCUCCGAGCAGUUCCCUCCUCUGUUAAAGGAGCGCCUGUCGGCCUGCUACGGCGUCUAACUCCACCUCCUCCUUGUCCACACAGGACUCCAACCUGUUAGGUUAAUGUAGGGGAGGGUUACUGGGGAACUCAUUGCACUGCCCAGAUAGUGGGGAGAAACCGGAGCUGGAGGGAUGUGACUGGCCUUGUGACCCUCCACUCAGCGGAUGGCCUCCUUUUCCCCCCGCGCCCUGUGUGUCUCUCUGAGGGAGGGAGGGUUGGGGGGAGGGUAAACUGGGGAUAUACAUAUACCUCUCGGAUUAGACGCCUCACUAAAUCCAACACACUCUAAAGUGACUUUCGCCAACAGCAACGCAGGGAUCUUAGGUAGGUGAGGACAAAAAGAGGGGGGCUGGCUUUGACUGGCCCCCCCAUCCUCGAUUUGAUAAUUCUGUUAAGAUAGCUGACGGCUGGGAGGGAAGGGGUGGGGGGGAGGCGGCAGAUAGGUACAUAAAAAGGAAUUAUCUGAACCAGCAUAGGGUGCCACAGUCCCAAAUACCACAAUGCACGAAGUCCGUAGACUUGCACAUGUAGACAUGUUUAAACGGGCAGAGGCUAAACAAAACGACACACAAGACGCUUUUACUAUGUAACGAUGCAGGAAAUGUGCCCAGAUUGUUUGCACCUUUUACGGCGUAAAUGCAUAAACCAAUUGGUGUGCACACACAUGGGUCUUUACUCUUUUCACAUGUACAUUUAGCUGAAAUAAUUUCCCUCAGUUUCUGAAUUCCUCUCGAGUCAUAGGUCUCUUUUUAUUUCCCCCCUUCUCAUUUGAGGCAAAAUAAAAGAUGCAGUAGUUUGUCCUCUAAGGUUUUUACCACCGCAGUACCAAGUUAUUGCAUGGCAUUUGAUCACCUCUUAAGUAACGCAUGUUUAAGUGAACGUCUGUCUUGUUGCUUAAUUUGUUUAUUACAUUAAUGUCGUCAGUAUGGGGAGGCUGCCAUAAUUUGAAGCAGUCAGGUGCUUGGUUCGUUUGUCCUCCCAUUCGUACAUAUAGUCUGAUCGACGUCCCUUUAGUCUAAAGGAGGCUGUGUGUGAGAAGACCAACUAUAGGUAGAUUAAUACAGGAAUCAGCUUAACUCUCUGCAACAAGAGUUAAAACACUGUAGGCAAGUGGAGAAUCCUUUUUGCUGCUGCUGCUUCGUUUUAAGAGACUUUACAAAACAAACUCAAUGAGAGCGAUAAGACAUCACCAAGAAUGAAUUGAUUCUUACUGAUAUAAAUGCACUUUUUCUUUUGUAAGAAAUUUAGAAUUUCAAAUGUAAGACAAACAGUAAUUAUAUACUGAUCUUGAGACAUAGUUUUUUUUGAUAAGUGAUUUUAGGACUGUUUAAUGGUUUGCUAAAGUAAGCAUAAUGAUGAUAAUGUUAAGCAAUGGGGAAAAUGACUAGGUGAGACUUGAGGCCUCUUAACAUAGUUAGUUUUAUAAUGUAGCUCCUCCUUUUUAAAAUGGAUUGAAUAGAAUUCAAGCGGAGGGAGACGACUUUAAUUGCAGUAUUUUGGAUCCACGUCGAGCGCGCCUGUCAAUCCAUGUCCGAGUGUCUCCCCGUCUUUCUCGCCAAAGCGUUUUUGUUAAACGACGGCUGCUCGAGCCACCGAGGCUUCUCCUGGUCACCAUCAUUGCAUGCUUUUCAACAAGUCUUGCUCCUUUUUUAAGUCAUUUUAUAAAAGGGUCCAUUUGGAGGGAUCUAACCUUACAAGAGCUUUGUCAAUGGCAUUGCAACUCGCUGCUGGACUAAUAAGGUACUCCUCCAGCUUUCGAUCAAACUAGUGAUUGUCGAUGCCAUAUAUUCACCCGUUGAUACUGUGUAGGAUUUGCCUGGGAAUACACUGAGUCCUAAUAGAUGUCCCCUCACACUGGUUAGCUUAUAUGAGAGAGUGGAGGUCUUUAUCCAGCUUUAUCUUUUAGUCAUUGUUCAUAGUGAACGCUUGUAAUGGACGUGUGUAUGGCUGUCUGCCUGUUGCUGUUUUACUAUAAAGGUCUGUACUUGAGUACUGCUUAGAUGUAAUUUUGCACCAGCGCUACAAUAAAGUUAUGUCCGUUAAGUUUAGUUUUAAUGCUGUUCUCUCAAAUCUCCUGAAAAAGAAGGCCGUCACUGAAGGAAAACACCAGAAUCUGUUCCCUCCUGAACAUCAGCUCACAUCAAAAAUUAUGUAUUUUGUACAAUAAGAACUAAUGUGUCCAAAAGCUUACAGGGCGGAUACUGAUGGCAUGUUCUCCAGGUUUAACUGGGAGGAAUAAAUUUAGAUUUGAGCAGCAACUGGUGAAGCUUUGACAUGAAUCAUUCAGAAGGAUGCAGCUUCUGUGCCACAAAUAAUUGGUAAAGUUGAGGCUUCACUACUCCCCACCAUGAUGUGAUACACUAAGCUCUACAAGAAGUGAAUUUGAAUGCAAGUUGGCCACAGGUUGUUUGUUUUUUUUAUUUAUUUUUUUUAUUUUGAUGCUCAUAUGACGGUUUUUGUUUUUAUUAAUUAAUUUAUUUUUGUUUAUUAUUUUUUGUUUAUUUUUUUGUGCUCCCGUGCACAAAUUCUUUUGGACUUUAAAAGUUUUGUUUUUUUUCCCUUUUUUAUUCUUUUUGUUUAAAGAAUUAUUUUGUUUUCGUUGUUUUAUAGCGGACGAUUUGAUUUAUGUCAAAGUUGUGGUUGGACUGAAGGAGUCAGUGCUUGGUGCAUAAACCUUUUUGGGAAGAAUGUGGAAAACUAAUUCAUCACUUUGUUUCAAUCUGAUAUCAAGGCUGGCAAUUGAAUUUGAUGUAGUACCUUUUUUUUUUUUUUUUUGCUCAACUGUGGUGCAGGUUGGAUGUUUAUCUGAUGUAUCCCUUUUUAUUUAAUUUUUGUGAAUAGGGGAAAUAAACUUUUUUUUCUAUUAA